CUGCCCAGCCCUGCCACCUUCUCCCAGGCUACAGUAUAAGGAGUGGAGGCAGGGAGGAGAACUCUGGGAAAGGAAAGAGAGGGCUGCAGGCCCAGAAGGAGGAAGGAACCAGUGGUCAGAAAGGAAGAAAGAACGGAGGAGGGCGUAUAGACACGGGAAGAAAAAGGGCAGAAAGAAUCAAGCUUGGGUGGGAAGAAGAGGAAGGCUGUCAGGAGACAGAGAGGGAGUGAGGCAGAAAUGAAGUUGCAGGGGUCCCUGGCCUACAUCCUGCUGGCCCUGUGCCUGGGCAGUGGGGAGGCCGGCCUGGUACCGAGAGGAAGGGGGAGCACUGGAGCAGGCACUGGGGGGGCCUCUGGGCACGGGACAGGAUACGCCACUGGCCAAGGGGCUGGAGAGGUGGCCAGCUCUGGAGGCAAGGAGGCUACAGCCCCUGGGGUGGGAGGUGCCGUCAGCCACAGGGUUGAGGAGUCUGUCAACAAUGGGGUUGGGGAAGCAGGCCACGCUCUUGAAAACACCGGGAGGGAGGCCAGCAGACAGGCUGAGAACAUCAUCCGACAUGGAAUAGAUGCUGCCCACAGCUACUCACAAGGGGUGAGUACCUGGCAGCAAUGGUGCUUUGGUGAGUGGCUAGGAGGCCAGGCGUGGAAUGAGAGGCUGUGGGAAGCUGGGUUGAGAAUCUCGGGAAAGUCAGAGAUGGUCACACUAACUGUAGGGGUGUCAUCCUUACAGGGAACCAAUGGACAACCUCCAUCUGGAGGCCAUGGUACCUCUGGCUCUCAGGGUGGCCCCGGCAGCCAUAGCCAGGGAAACCCUGGAGGCCCAGGGACUUCUGGGGACCAUGGAUGCCCCAGUGGCUCAGGUGGCAGCUUUGGAACCAACUCUCAGGGUCAAGGAGGCAAUGGAGGGUCAUCCAACGUUGGGACCAACACUCAGGUAGGGACCGUGGCCCUGCCUGGUUAUGACUCAGCGAGAAGCAGUGGCAGCAACCAGAAUAUCGGGGACCAACCCUCAGACAGUUCUAAGAAGCCUGAUCAAAGUAGCCAUUCAGGCUCCCAGGGAUCCAACAGCAGCUCCUCCUCCAGUAGCAGCGGCGGAAGUGGAGGUGGCAGUAAACCUGGUGGAAGUGGAGGUGGCAGUAAACCUGGUGGAAGUGGAGGUGGCAGUAAACCUGGUGGAAGUGGAGGUGGCAGUAAACCUGGUGGAAGUGGAGGUGGCAGUAAACCCGAGAGUGACAGCCCAAAGAACGAAGUCCGCGUAUCUGGAGGGUCUGGGGGUCAGGAAGUAAGCCAAGAGGGCAGUCAUCCUCUUGAGAGCUCCCAAGGCAAAAACCAGGACUCACAGACAUCUCCUGGGGUCUUCAACUUUGACACUUUCUGGAAGAAUUUUAAAUCCAAGCUGGCUUUCAUUAACUGGGAUGCCAUAAACAAGGGCCCAGUCCCAUCCCCCAGCACUCGAGCCCUCCUCUACUUCAGCCGUGUCUGGGAGUCUGCUUCUCAGGGCGCAGACGCCUCAUCACUGCAGGCGAGGACAGCUGCUAAUCAGAACUACAAUUAUAACCAGCGGCCCCAUCCCACUGCCUCUAGUGGCAAGACCUCUACUAAGGGACAAGUCACACCUUCUUCCUCGGCUUCCCAGGCACAACCUGGCCUGCUGCGCUGGAUGAAGCUUUGGUAGACAAUUUCUUCCAGUCACUACUGAGGCCCUGAAAAAUGCCGGUCGUAAAGGAGCCUGACUGUGGCCCCACUCGGCCCAGCUCUCCCACCCUGUGCUGGCCCAGCCUGGGUCCUGACACCUGCUUUCUCUAGGCGGGGGACCUGGUUUGUCUGUCCCCUGUUUCUUCCUGCCCCAUUGUAGUGUCUCCUUGACCGUGUUGGUCUCAUCAGAUAAACCAGCUACUUUCUUUACUUCCCCCACUUUGUGACCUGAAGUCACAGCGACAAUUGUUCAGGAGGAACUUCCUACUUCUAAGUUUCACUGUGGAAAUAAAACAUGAUUCUCAUUUCCCUAAAACUUUCUCAAAUUUUAUUCUUUAACACUGUGUUGGUGGCCUGGGUCAGGGAGGAUGGAAGAGAGAUUUAGGGGUAGAUAAUUUGCCUUUCUCCUUGUAUGAAAAAUGGUAGGCUGAGCAAGAACAGACUUAGCUUUUAGGCCUGACAAGAAACAGCUAGCCUAUCUACCAUGCCUCAGUUUCCCCAUCUCUAAAAAAUAAUCUUUGCCCUGCCGGCAUCCGAAUACCAUGCUUACUGCACUGGGAGCAGUCACAGGUAUUCUGGUGACUGAAAAUGCAACAGCGGAGCUACUCGCACC